AUGGUGCUGCACGACUGUUUGCCGAGCAUGGCUACGCGAACUCUGGUCGUGGCUGUUUGCUUGGUUUCGGCUGCUUCUGACCGCACUGAUGAUAGAUGGGCGGGCUUCUCUCAACCCGGAUGGCAGCACGGAGCUCGGCCCGGUGAGCAGAACAGCAUCAUCGUGCUCCUGGCAUUGCGGCAGCGAAACCUCGACUUGCUGGAGAACAGAGCGAAAGCCGUUUCUGACCCGGGAAACCGGGAAUACGGUCGAUACCUGGAGCGGGAUGAAAUCUAUGGCAUAGCUGGACCUUGGAAAUAUGAUGUGGACCUUGUUAAGAACUUCUUCGGCACAGUGCCAGACAGCUCUCUGCAUUUCUCCUAUGGUGGAGACUUUGCGCGGUUCACGUGCACAAUAGCCUGUAUUGAACAGGUAUUCAACACCAGCCUGAGAAUACAGACCGGCAGGGUGGCACCCGGUACUACACCCAUCCGAGCGUCUGAGCCAAUCCGCUUGCCACUAGAUUUGCAGCAUGCCCUGGAAGGCACAUCGCUCAAUGCGCCCCUGUUUAUGCCACCGCAUCCCGCACAGCCCAAGGAGACUGCCUUCAAGUACCCGCAGUCAGGCCGAACAGCACCGAGGGUGCGCCCCUUUUUGAUCUCUGGUGACCAGUUCGUUGGCAUACAUUUCGUGGUGUACUGCAAAGAUCAGUUUGUUAACCAGGACAGCAUUGAGGAUGGGAUCUGCAACAGCAGCCCGCAUUCAGUUCUAAUCACUGCCUUCGACAUCAUUGUGCUGCAACUGCAAACCAACACGCAAAAGGUGGUGCGACUCCCUGCAGUUCCCGAUGUCAUUGGCCAGAAGGUCGGAACUACAGAGAAUGGACGGCAUUGUGUGGAGUUCAACGCUACUCUCGGAAGCGUGGCCAACUAUGCGAGUACCACAGUAAGGAUUCGCUCUUUGUUCAGUGAUGGGUCGGUGUCGGAUUUCAGUAAGGCGGACGAGGUCUUUCCGGUCUGGCCCAUGGCCUACACGACACCUGCCCUGCUGUCCCGGAACUAUGGGAUUCCCAUGCACGAACCUGUUCGACAUCCACGAAACACGAUUUCCGUUGCCGAGUUCCUCGGACAAUACUACAACCCAGAAGACCUGGAAUCCUUCUUCAAGCUAAUGGGUGUGCGUGGUUGGAGCACGAAGGAAAAGCUCCGUCUCAUAGGUGAAAACUUACCCAUGGCCGGUUCUGUUCUGGGGGGAGAGGCGCAGCUUGAUAUUCAGUACAUAACUGCCUUGGCUUCGAAUGUGUCAGCAUUCUUCUGGAGCGUUCCAUCUAUCGAGCUCGCCACAAGACAGGAGCCGUUUCUGGAUUGGCUCAUGCAGCUGGAGGACACUAGCGAUGACCAUAUCCCCCUAGUUCACUCUGUGUCAUACAGUGACGAUGCGCUGACUAUGCCCGCCUGGUUCAAGCAGCGUAUCAACGCAGAGUUCAUGAAGCUGGCCUUACGGGGCAUCACGAUUCUUGUGGCCAGCGGUGAUGACGGUGUCAGUGGGAGCUUCGUGGCCAAAUACGGCAAGAAGUACUGUGGCAGGAACCGUGAAGAAUUCCCCUCAUCAUCUCCGUGGGUUACUUCGGUUGGUGGCACACAGCUUGCGCAAGAAAACGUCCCGGUCUGUAGCUAUACGUCACCUAAGGUGAUGGUGCAAUGCCCCGAGGAUGGCGAGGUGGUCUGCACAUCGGACAAGGGUGGAGGCAUUACAUCUGGAGGGGGCUUCUCUUCGGAUUUCCCGCGUCCCUGGUAUCAGCACGGAGCUGUGGAGCACUACCUCCAGCAGCAGGAUGUCCCACCUCCAGACCAAGACGUCUUGAUUUUCAACCGCUCUGGCCGUGCUUAUCCAGAUUUGGCGGCUAUCUCCAGCAACUACUUAGUCCUUAUGGGCGACGACCUGCAGCCAACUUCCGGCACUUCAGCCUCGACUCCACUCAUUGCUGCCAUGGUCGCGCGCUGGAACGAAGACCGUCUCAGCAACAGGCUGCCUCCUUUGGGAUUUCUCAAUCCGCUUAUCUACCAGAUCUUCUCCAAGCAUCCAAGCGCUUUCAAUGACGUGCAGAUUGGUGACAAUCGCUGCUCAAGAUCUGUCUGCUGCGACGUGGGCUUCAGCGCCGUGCGAGGUUGGGACGCCGUCAGCGGAGUGGGCUCGCCACGCUUCGAAGCCAUUGCAACGAUCCUCCGGGAGGAGGCGCUUCUGGCCUUCGGCGGCAGGUUCGCUCGAAUGGACAUGGCUCCGAUCGACAUGUCCGUGGGCCUGGGUCCAGACGUGACCUCAAUCGGCUUGAUCCCUUUGCUGGCUUUGCAGUCUCUGCUGACUGGAUUCGCCACGUUGGCAGCUGUGUGGGCGUGCGACCGUUCGGGAAGGACAAACUUUGGCAGCACGAAUGCAAGACGCCCACUGCUGAGUGCAUGA